AUGGGCGGCCAGACCUCACGCAUGGUGCGCGAGAUUGUGGAAGACUCGAUGUAUAUCAUUCAACAUACUAGUCGCAAGAAUUAUGAGCGUAGUCGCGUGGCCCAUACAGAGGUGCAAUCAAAGCUGAUGGAACUGCGUCGACUUAAUCAUGAAAUACUGCAAUCCCCAGCGAGCGAUGCACAGCGCUCUGAUGUCUACAAGUCGUUCCAAAGUGCAAUGGGGCAACAAAGAAAAGCAUUGGAUGAACAGGCUGAGGAAUUCGCCAAACAAUUUGAAUUGCCGAAGAGCUACGAAAAAAUCGCAGAUGCUUACAUAGAAGAAGAACAAACAUUGACGAGGAAAUCAGAGCAGGCAUUACAGGACCUUAAGUAUGGAGCCACAACAAUUAUGACAAAAGGCAAUGAAUAG